CCGACCCUCCGACACACCGACCACCAGCCCGAGAGCUCCGCUUCCGCCGCAGCAGGACCUUCUUUCUGGCGAAGUUUUGGGAACAUUAGACGUGGAGACGCGCAGAGGGAGAGAAGCUGAGAUUAAAGAAAGAGGAGAUGGAGGUUUGCCACACCGGAUUCUUCACGGAGGACUUCAGCACGCAGGAAGUGCCCGCAGGCUUCGACUUUGCGUCUUAUGACUGCCGUGGUGAAGACCUGUCUUUUCUGUUAGACAGCAGAGCUUUUGGGCAGCAGCAGUACGCGGCGGACAGCAGCUACCCAGAACCGCCUAAAGCUCAGAACCCGUAUGACGCCAAAGUUGGUACCGCCGAUGCCGGGCUUUUCAACUUGGACUCACACCCUGACUUUAACUGGUGGGCCUCCUACCCACACGACGGGCCGACUCUGGACCAGUCCCAAACUGGAUACCAGGAGUCUCAGCAGACGUACCAGAACCUGGUGCCUCAGGCCCCCGGACAGUUCAGCCCGGCGCUGGGGAGCAGCCACAGCCCGUUUCUGACCGAAAAAGGAUCAAACACAUUACAGAAUAAAACGGACCAGAGUUUCUACGACUCAGACGGACACAGGCAGACUUCAUCCUUCUGGUCCGAGUAUCCAUCUCCCAGCUUCACCUCUCCUCCACUUCACCCUCCUCCUCCUCCUCCUCCUGCAUCCUGCGCCUCAAACCCCAGCACUCAGCAAACAGAGCACUACUGCCCCCGUGUGGUCAAGCGGAAGAACGCACACCUCCAGAGGCCGGAGAGGGAGGGCCAGAUAACGGGAAUGUCAGCAUAUCCAGGUUCUGGUCCCAUUCAGCUAUGGCAGUUUUUACUGGAACUCCUUCUGGACUCUGCCUGCAGAACGUUUAUCUCCUGGACGGGAGACGGCUGGGAGUUCAAGAUGUCUGACCCCACCGAGGUGGCCAAACGCUGGGGUCAGUGUAAGAACAAACCAAAGAUGAACUACGAGAAGCUGAGCCGCGGCCUGCGUUACUACUACCACAAAAACAUCAUCCACAAGACGGCGGGCAAGCGCUACGUCUACCGCUUCGUCUGUGACAUGCAAGGCAUGCUGGGAAAGACGGCGCAGGAGGUCCUGAGCAGCCUGAACAUCCUGCCCACGAACGCAGAGACGUGGCCGUCCCCGGGCGGAGCUGCGGCCGAGCAGAGCAGCGGGGCGUGGGGGUCCCAGUAGGCCGAGGGUCCCUGGGAGGGUUAGGAUCCAGGCAGCUGGGAGCCACAGGAACUCUGCUGAGUCCGGACCGUCCUCAGAGGCUGAAUCUGUUUCAGGGAAUGUAAAGAUGCUGCAUUUCAGGAAGGAAGACUAGCAGAAACAGACAUUUCUACAAUGCAGUCUUUUUUUUUUUGGCUAAAAGAAAAAUACAUUUCAUGUAAAAUGUUUUAAACCUAGGGAGCGGUGCAGCCCAGGAAGCAGCCAUUUAAAGCACUACAGAUGUUACAGAUUGGGUCUGAAACGCCUUUUCACUUGGUGCAUGUCUAAGAACAAAAGUGUAAAUAUUGUUUAAAGACUACUUUGUAGAGUUUUGUGCAUUUAUUUUAUUUUUAUUGUUAUUUUUUGAUACAAAGCUCAUUUCUACCUCCUUUGCUACUGAGAAAUAUUAACAGGUGUUUAGUUCAGACACUGCCAGGGAAGGUUUUUAUUGGUCUCUGUGUAAAUAAAACUAGGUGCAGAAAAAAUGA